UUCCUUGGACAUCCUGCGAUUUCAAAUAACGCUCCCAGUUCAGGUUAGAGCAGGAGCUGUAGUUUAGACAAGAAGUGGGAAUUUCUGGAGUUUUCUCUCAUCUUGUCUACAGAACAUAAAGACUUGUGAAACUUGUUGGACAUCCAGCCAACUGUUGCGUGUUUACGGUCAGAAUCGCUUUAAACGCACACGUUUGUUCCUGAACGAAUACAUCCGGGACAUAAAGCGCUUCGAGGCGACCAGUAACUUUGAUGACGUGUUUUUACACUGAUGGGGGUACUCUGAUGAUGACGAUGAGAUAGUCCUCCCGCAAUGAUGUUUUCACUGGGUCAGGAAAACAUCUCCACUUCUACGACAUCCACCAAAGUACCGGUCAAGUAUGGAGAGCUCCUUGUGCUGGGGUGUAAUGGCUCCCUGCCCAGCGGUGAGAGGGGGAGGAGAAAAAGUCGCUUUGCUCUGUGUCACAGGAACAAGGCCAACGGUGUGAAACCCAGCACUGUCCACACAUCCUGCACGCCUCAGGCUGCCAAGGCCAUCAACAACAAGGAACAGCACAGCAUCUCAUACACACUCUCUCGGGCGCAGACCGUCGUGGUGGAGUACACACACGACAGCAGCACAGACAUGUUCCAGAUUGGCCGCUCCACGGAGGCUCCUAUUGACUUCGUGGUGACGGAUACUAUCCCUGGUGGACAGAUCCAGGCCGACGGUCAGACUAUCCAGAGCACCAUCUCCCGCUUCGCUUGCCGCAUCAUCUGCCAAAGACACCCUCCUUAUUCUGCACGCAUCUACGCCGCAGGCUUUGAUUCCUCCAAGAACAUUUUCCUUGGGGAAAAAGCAGCCAAGUGGAGGAUGCAGGAUGGCCAGAUGGACGCACUGACCACAAACGGGGUCCUGGUCAUGCAUCCUCGACAUGGCUUCAGCCAAGACUCCAAACCUGGUCUGUGGAGGGAGAUCUCGGUCUGUGGAAAUGUCUUCACAUUGCGAGAGACCAGAUCAGCUCAGCAGAGGGGCAAAAUGGUGGACUCUGAAUGUAACGAGCUGGUGGACGGCUCGCUCAUCGAUCUGUGUGGCGCCACGUUGCUGUGGCGUACAGCAGAGGGCCUCGCACGUACUCCCACCAUCAAACACCUGGAGGCGCUGCGGCAGGAGCUGAAUGCCGGGCGGCCACAGUGCCCCGUGGGCUUCAACACCCUUGCCUUCCCCAGUAUGCAACGUAAGGAUGUCCUGGACGAGAAGCAGCCCUGGGCCUACCUGCGCUGCGGUCACGUACAUGGCUACCACGGCUGGGGUGGGCGGCGUGACCCAGAGGUGGAAGGGGAUUGCCAGGAGAGGGAGUGUCCCAUGUGUCGGGCCAAGGGGCCUUAUGUGCCACUGUGGCUGGGCUGUGAACCAGGCUUCUAUGUGGACGCUGAGCCACCCAGCCACACCUUUGUCCCCUGUGGACACGUCUGCUCCGAGAAGACCACAGAGUACUGGGGUCAGAUCCCGUUGCCUCAUGGAACCCACGCCUUCCACGCCGCCUGUCCGUUCUGCGUCCAGCCGCUCAGCGGAGAGACCGGCUACAUCCGGCUCAUCUUCCAAAGCCCGCUGGAUUAGAGGCCACUUUACUCUUCAUCUGAAGCGUUAACCGGGGGGUGUUGCAUGUGGAGUUUGGGUGUUUUAAUAAGUUAAGUUAAUUUAAUUCUGAAUACGUGCAUUUAUCUGGGGGAUUUCUGCCUCUGUGGUAUUAAGUGUUCUCAGGAGGGAGGAUGUCUCUGGUGGAGCAGCAGCAAAACUAGCUGUAAUAAUGUUUAAACUGCCUUAAACUUAUUUAUUCAUUUGCCUCCUGUGUUUGUGAUCCUUUUAAAACUGCAGUGUUUAACAGCGGGAAGGUCACGGGUUUCCUCAAAAUAAUUCCUAUUAAGCAUCACCGUCACUAUGGUUACCGUCCAGGGUCGGGCUCAUUGUGGUCCUGAUGCUGCUCUAGAAGGUUUCGUCUGAAAACACUGGAUCUCAAAAACAAUCAAAUAAAACUCUGGGGUUUUAUUUCCUCUCAAAUCAAAAGAUUUAAUUCAUACAUCAUCAAGCGUUGCAAGUUUGUGAUUCCACUUGAUACAGAAAUGUGAGAAACUUUUAAUUCUGUCAAACUGUUUUCUGUCUAAAAACAGGAGGAUCUGUAAAUCUGGAUUUCUUUGGUUAGAUGAGCGGUAAACUUUUACCAAACUACUGAUCCAAACUCUUCGUCUCCGGAGCAUUAUGUAGGUUUAAAUCCAACAUGAGGAUACGUUAAACGUUAGAUUUUUAAACAUCUUGUUUUUAUUUUGUUUGUUUUGAGCCCAUCUUUAAAGCCCCUGUCUGUAAACAGAAAUCUGUCAUCACACAAAGAUUUUCAGUUUGCUCGAACCUCAGAAAAUGCUGACUCAUGGUUUUUGCCUUGCUGUCAUUCUGCACAUUGACUGUUUUAGUACAAUUGAAAACAAUAAACAAUACUUGAGAUUUC